AUGAAACUGACAAGCAGUGCUUCUGAACAAAAUGUUUUUUUUACCUACGUGUGUCUUGUCGACGAUCUCCGACCCACAGAAGCUUUAUCUCGAGACAGUCAACAGCAUAAACUAUUGAACAAUCAGAGUAAUGAGGUUCUUCAACAAGAAGAACCAGCCAUCCAAGUAGAAAGAACUAAGGCGGUCCAUGAACUUGUUGAAACAUUGAAAACUAAUUCACCAAAUGAACCUGAAAAUCAUGAGACGGAUUCAUGCUCACCUGACCCACCAACUGCUUUUCAAGAAGUCAGCGAUUCUGACAAUGAGGAUUGUAAUUUUAUCAGCUGCGAUAACCCGAAUGUACUGAAGUUAACUAAAAUGAAGUGGUUAACCGAAGAUCACGAGAAUGGACCUGAUUCCAGUUCUCCAUCUUUAUCGCCUGCUACUUCGAGCACAAGUUCGUGUAGUAAGAAUUCCGACUGCGCUGUCAAUAAACGCGACAACUAUGAUGACAAAUAUCUUUCUACCAUUUUACGUUUGGACAAAGAACAUAAUAUGUUUGGUCUCUCUAGUAUUGCCAUUAUUGGAUCUAGACCAUCUAAACAAAAGCGUGCCAAUAAAGAAGACGAAAAAGCUGUAUUCCAUCAAACUGCAAUAGUUCAAAUAUGUUGCGAAAAACGGUGUUGCAACCACAUGAGCAAAACUGAUUUACCGCCGUCUUUGAAGUGCGGCUCAUGUAGAAGUUGUUGCUUUGAUAUAAACUGUGCAUAUUGUGCACGUUCAGCCAUGUGUGCUCUCACUGUUUGCGAACCGGAACCCCUGCCAUGCCCAUCAAUCUGCUCAACUUGUCCAGGACCAAUCGGCUCCUGUGUAUGUGGGAGCCUUCCUUUGCCACCUGCAGGCGGCUGCAGGGUGGAUUGCACUAAUUACUUCGGUUUAAAGGUAAAGUUGAACCGCAAACCACAUUACGAACCUGCACCGGCCGAGUUGACUCCACGUUCUAGCUGUAUUCUAGCCAAACCAGCAGCAGCAAGACCCUGUAGCCAUACACCCCACUGCCAACCGCCGUCGUCUUGUUUCCCCUACCUGAUGCCAUGCUACUGGCCUGCUCGUCCAUCAGCUCCGUGCACUCACCCAAAUCGAUGUUUCCAUAAUCCACCGUGUCGUGCACCAAGGAUACGGCAAAGAGUGCCUUUGCCAUCUGUAUACAAAUGUCCAAAGAAAUGUGAAGAUAAAGAGAAAAACACUAAAUGUGAAAAUGAAGUGUGUCCUGGGAAUAUUCCCGCUAUGAAGCAAGAAAUUGAAUCUAGGUUUGGCAAAGCAACGCAGGAGCAUUUAACUUGCUGUACAAUUCCAAAACCCAAAAAGAAAAAAAGACGCAGACAUAAGUGCGAAUGCUUCAGACCUACGUGUGCCAGUUGCUUCGUCACCAGACCCUUGCCGAGACCAAAAGGAUUACCAGUUUUAAACUUACUCUGCAAUCAAUCGGAAGUUAAUACAGUAAUAGAGCCCAGUUGUUCGAAAUGUACUCAAGUUUAUAGGUUAAUGGCCUUUAACCGCUGUUCCUGUGGAGCAGUAUACUAUUACCCAAUGUGA